CGCGUCGCUAACCUACCUCGACUGCUUUGCUGGGGAGUGGACAAUAUGCCUAGAGAAAUCAUCACGAUCCAAGCCGGCCAAUGCGGCAACAACGUUGGAAGUAAUUUUUGGCAGCAGCUUUGCAUGGAACAUGGAAUCAGUCAGGAUGGGAACCUAGAAGAAUUCGCAACGGAGGGAAAUGAUCGCAAGGAUGUCUUCUUUUAUCAGAGUGAUGAUACCAGAUAUAUCCCCCGAGCGAUCCUCCUCGACUUAGAACCCAGAGUGCUCAAUGCUAUCCAAACCGGUCCCUACCGAAACAUAUACAACCCCGAGAACUUCUUCAUCGGACAACAGGGUAUCGGAGCCGGGAACAACUGGGGAGCUGGAUACUCCGCAGGCGAGGCGGUUCAUGAAGAGGUAUUCGACAUGAUCGAUCGAGAAGCGGAUGGUAGUGAUUCAUUAGAGGGCUUCAUGUUCCUGCAUUCGAUUGCUGGAGGUACAGGAUCGGGUAUGGGAAGUUACAUCUUGGAGCGGAUGAACGAUCGAUUUCCCAAGAAGUUGAUUCAGACUUAUUCCGUGUUCCCCGAUACGCAAGCUGCAGAUGUCGUGGUCAAUCCGUAUAACAGUAUUCUUAGUAUGCGACGGUUAACGCAGAAUGCGGACUCGGUGGUGGUUUUGGAUAACGGCGCUCUAUCGAGAAUUGUUGCAGACAGACUGCACGUACAAGAACCAUCAUUCCAUCAGACAAACCAGUUGGUCUCUACUGUCAUGUCGGCUUCUACUACAACACUCCGAUACCCCGGCUACAUGCACAAUGACCUGGCUGGAAUCCUCGCCUCACUUAUCCCGACACCACGCAGCCAUUUCCUGAUCACAUCAUACACCCCGUUUACUGGAGACAACAUUGAACAGGCCAAGACAAUUCGCAAGACGACCGUUCUGGACGUGAUGCGUCGUCUCUUGCAGCCGAAGAACCGGAUGGUCUCGAUUAAUCCCAGCAAAUCCAGCUGCUAUAUGAGCAUUCUCAACAUCAUCCAAGGCGAAGCGGACCCGACCGACGUGCACAAGUCGCUGCUGCGAAUCCGUGAGCGCCGGCUUGCGUCUUUUAUCCCAUGGGGCCCUGCCAGCAUCCAGGUGGCGCUAACGAAGAAGUCGCCGUACUUGCAGAACACCCACCGAGUCAGUGGACUGAUGCUGGCGAAUCACACUUCGGUGGCGACCCUGUUCAAGCGGAUUGUGCAGCAGUACGAUCGGCUGCGAAAGCGUAACGCUUUCCUGGAACAGUACAAGAAGGAGAGUCCAUUUUCUGAUGGGCUGGGAGAGUUUGACGAAGCGCGCUCUGUGGUCAUGGACCUUAUUGGCGAAUACGAGGCAGCAGAACGGGAGGAUUACUUGGACCCAGAUGCGGGUAAGGAGAAGGAGAUGGGCGUUUAACAAUGAUCUUCACUUGUUAUGGAUUUCCUACUUUGAUGUCGCUGCUAUGUCUCACGGUCUGGUGUACUUCGGCGUUUCUGUUUUCAUUUUUUCCCUAAUACCAAAAGACAUGACACGUAGGAAAUGGAUUAUUGUUACAUGGAUAACCGUUU